ACAGCAGUAAAGUUUUUAGUAAAAGCAAUAAUAUAUACCUAAAAAAGUAAUUGAGAACUACUCAUAUUAAUUAAUAGAUUAAAUAGGUAAAGGAUAUAGUUCGAUAGUAUUUAAAGGAAAAAAUGAUGCUAAGAAUGAUGAGUUAGUAGCAAUAAAAGUAAUAGAUAUGAAAAUGAUGUCGAAUGAUGUUUAAUUAUUUUUAUUAUAAAAUGAAAUAAGUGUAAUGAAAAAAUUAGCAAAUUCUGGCAAUAUAAAUAUUUUAAAAUUAAAUGACAUUUUUUAAACAUAAAACAAUACUUAUAUAAUAACUGAAUUAUGCAAUUAAGGAGAUUUAAAAUAGCUUUUAUCUAAAUGUAAAUACUUAGAAGAAGAUCAAGCUCUAAAAAUAUUAAAACAUAUCGUUAAUGGAUACAAAGAAUUAGCUAAAAAUCGAAUAGUGCAUAGAGAUAUUAAGCCUGCAAAUAUUCUGAUUAAUAACGGAAUUCCUAAAAUCGCUGAUUUUGGAUUUGCUAAAGAUAUUGAUGCACCUCCUUAUAAAUAUUAUUAUAAUGUAGGAACUCCAAUGUAUAUGUGUCCUUAAAGUUUAUAAAAAAAUGAAUAUUCAAUGAAAAGUGAUAUAUGGUCUAUUGGUAUUCUUUAUUAUGAAUUACUUUAUGGAGUUACCCCUUGGAAUGCUGAUAACGAAAAUAACUUAAACAUAAAAUUAAUACUAUAGGAGUAAAAUUUCCAAAUUUUAGAAAUGUUUCACAUGAGUCAAAAAUCUUUAUUAUAGGUUGUCUUUAAAUAGAAGAGAAUUAAAGAUUUAGUUUAGAGUAAAUAGAAAAUCAUCCUUUAAUGGUAAACACUAAAAAAGAAUAAGUUUUUUCAAAAUCAUAAAAUACCUCCUAAUUGAAUGUAAUAACUACACAAAAAAAUAACAUUCAAAGUGCAUUUAAUAUAUAAAUAACAACAUAAUAAUAACCAAUUAUUCCUAUAUAUUUUAACUCUUAAUAAGAAAUAGGUAAGGAAAAUUCCCCUCCUAAAAAAUUAAAAAUAGAAUCACUUCAACUGAUUUCAAAUAUUUAAGUAAGUAUAA